AAUGGCCGAAAAGUGGGACUUUUAUCAGCUGUCAGAUUAGUGUUGUAGGACGAACGAUUCUUAUUUGUUUAUGUAAUUAAUACUAAGCAAAUGAGAACGAGAAAAUGAUCCUCAGAGUGUUGAAAUUGGGGGCUUUGGGGCAGCGGAUGGUGGCAUCGCAGGGAUGGGUCGUCAAUGCUAAACCUGCGUGUGGUGUCGCACGUUUAGAUGUGGUGAACCAUAAUCAUCAGCAGAGGAGGAAUUACAAGAACUUCGGUCAUAAGUCGGAACCGGAAGCUUUCGUAUCGAAAUUGUGGUACACCUUCCUGGGGUUUACCUUCUUUGGACUGUGCUGGAAUCCUGAUUGGAUUAAGAAGCUAUUUCCACCAGUCAAGGCUGAGAGUCCAGCGACUCCCGAGCAAAUUGAUGAUUUGGAGGAUGGUGUUGAGGGUGAGAUCAAGGAGGAGGAGAAGCCCCAUAAGAAACACAAGAAGCCAAAGAUUGGGUUCAGGGAUCGAAAGAUAAUAGAGUAUGAAAAUCGUAUGAGGGCUUAUUCCACUCCAGAUAAGAUAUUCAGAUAUUUUGCGACUGUUAAAGUGUCUUACUCGGAUGGGGUGGACACUUACAUGACUCCCGACGAUUUUCUUAGGGCCAUCACGCCAGGCAACAAGCAGCCCGACGGUUUAGGUUUAGACCAGUACAAGCGCUACGAUCCAAAGCAUUUUAAGGAGACGUUGCAAGAUCGCCUGGAUUUGACCUUGGACCAGGAUAGCAUCUUCUACAAGCUUGGAAGUUCCGGUCUGAUUACUUUCUCCGAUUACAUUUUUCUGCUGACGGUUUUGUCCACAUCGCGUAGGCACUUCGAGAUAGCUUUCAGGAUGUUCGAUCUGAACGGUGAUGGAGAUGUGGACUGCAAAGAGUUCGAAAAGGUGGCAACUUUGAUUCGUCAGCAGACCAGCAUCGGCUCUAGGCAUAGGGACCACGCCAAUACCGGCAACACUUUUAAGGGUGUGAAUUCGGCUUUAACCACAUACUUCUUCGGGCCUACUCUCAAGCAGAAGUUAACCAUCGAAAAGUUCCUAGACUUUCAGGAGCAACUGCAGAAGGAGAUCUUAAGUUUAGAGUUCCAGAGGAAAAGUCCCAACGAGAACGGUAACAUCUCCGAAGCCGACUUCACGGAGCUGCUCUUAGCAUAUGCCGGGUAUCCGCAGAAGAAGAAAGUCAAGAUGCUGAAACGAGUGAAAAAAGCUUUCCGUGAUCAUGGACAAGGAGUAUCCAAACAAGACUAUCUAAACUUCUUCCACUUCUUGAAUAAUAUCAACGACGUCGAUACUGCUCUGACGUUCUACCAUAUCGCCGGUGCUUCCAUUGACCAGGCCACCCUCAAACACGUCGCCAAGACCGUCGCCCACGUCGAUUUAAGCGAUCACGUCAUCAACGUUGUUUUCACCAUUUUCGAUGAGAACUUGGACGGACAGUUGAGUAAUCGCGAAUUCAUCGCCGUGAUGAAGAACAGGCUGCUGAGGGGUCUGGAGAAGCCAAAGGAUACUGGCUUCAUCAAGUUCAUGCAUUCGGUGAUGAAAUGUGCCAAAGAGACAAGACCCGCGAUCUUGGACAUCUAGGAAGGAUAAUAAUAGUUAUAUAUUUUAUUCGAAUACCGAAGUGUUGCUCCUAUUGCGGAUUGUUUUAUUUAUAUAUACAUAAGGAAAAUUUAUUUAUUUUUUUGUUUUUUUUUUCUCUUGGAAUGUUGGAUCUAUUGAACUUUGUUUCCUUUUUUAUAUGCGUAUAUAUUUACAUGUUAAGAUCUGAACUAGCGUCAAUAUUACAGGCAAGUUAGAAUACAUACUUAACGAACUAUAACAAUA